AUGUCGCAAAGUCAUACGCCGAAGACCAGGGCAGCUAAGGCCGCUGCAGCUGCAAAGCUGAAGCAGCAGCUGGACGCUGAUGUGGAAAAUUACUCGACCAACUGGGAAAUCACCGCCGAUGCUGAGACACUGAAGGAGUUGUCGUCGUUGUCCCGCCAGCGUGAUCAAGUAAGUAUGAAGCUAACGCGGGUGCAAAGGGCACUUGCCACUGCCAAACACGUGAUCAGCCCUUCGCAGUUGAGGACGUAUUUGAAGAACAUCGACGAUGCCUACAACGAAUUCAGUGCCGUGCACAGCAAACUCAUCGCCGCAAUUCCGGAUGAAGCCUUCCGCCAACAAGAGGAGAUCUACGUUGCAUUCGAAGAGCGAUACAACCACGUCCGCACCGUCAUCGACGAAUUGAUGGUUUCCAGAGAGACUGAUGCCACCAGAGCUCCACUCCCGCAACCACAGGUAAUCGUGCAGCAGCAACCAUUGAAGGUCCCGAUCCCCACCUUCGAUGGAUCAUACGCCAACUGGCCGAAGUUCAAGGCCAUAUUCCAGGACCUGAUGGCCAACUCUGGCGAUUCCGACGCCAUCAAGCUGUACCACCUAGACAAGGCGCUUGUUGGUGAGGCAGCUGGAGUUCUGGAUGCCAAGGUCAUCAGCGAAGGAAACUAUCAACAAGCAUGGGCCAUCCUCACCGACCGCUUCGAGAACAAGAGGAUCAUCGUCGAGACACACAUCCGUGGCCUAUUCAAUAUCCCGAAAAUGGCUUCGGGAACCUGCAAGGAGCUUCGACGACUCCACGACGAGUGUACCCGCCAUGUCGAGAGUUUGAAGUAUCUGGAGCAAAAGUUCCUGGGUGUAUCCGACCUCUUCCUGGUCCACAUCUUGUCGUCGUCGAUGGAUCAAGCAACGAGGAUGGCAUGGGAGGCCACGCAAAAGAAAGGUGAGAUCCCAACGUAUGCGCAGACCAUUUCGUUUCUUCAGACAAGGUGCCAGAUGCUGGAGAAUUGUGAAAUGGCAUUCCAAAACCCCACCUCCCAGCCAUUGCCGAAACCGAGUUCCAAAGGUCAAGCACCAUCGAAGGCAGCUGGUGUGAAGGUUCAUGCCGCUGCGACCGAAUCGCAGAAGAAGGACAAGUGUGAUUUCUGCCAGGGUCCACAUCGUAACUACCAAUGCGACGCAAUCAGCAGCCUGCCGUUCGAGAAAAGGAUUGAGAAGGUAAGGACAUCCGGAGUGUGCUUCAAUUGUCUUCGCAAGGGGCACAGUGCUAGAGAUUGUCCAUCGCCGAAGACGUGCCAGAAAUGCCAGAAGCGGCAUCAUACGCAGCUCCACAACGAGGAACCAAAACAAGAACCGAAACCAAGUGUGUCCGUCCCAGCUCAGGAGAACCGCCCUCCCAUCGACCAGAACAAGACCGUGUUCCUGCCUACAGCUGUUGUCAACGUGGUGGAUAGGAACAAUCGCCUUCAUCCAUGCCGUGCGCUUCUGGACAGCGGAUCACAGGUGAACUUUAUCACAGCUGAUCUUGCGAACCGUCUCGGAAGCGAGAGACAACGUGUCGACGUGCCAAUACGAGGUAUCAACGACGUCAAGACUAUCGCCCACGACAAAGUUGAGGUAAGGUUCCGGUCUAGAGUCUCCGACUAUCAAGCGCAGGUCCAGUGCUUGAUAACGCCCAACGUCACAGGAGUAAUUCCGUCAGCCAAGAUCGACGUUUCCUCCUGGAACAUCCCCUUUGGCGUUCAACUCGCAGAUCCAGAGUUCUACAAGCCGGAGAAAAUCGACAUGCUUCUCGGAGCAGAACUCUUCCUGCAGUUACUACGACCCGGCCACAUCAAACUCGACGAAGACUUCCCUGAGCUGCGUGAAACCUCCCUAGGAUGGGUGGUAGCUGGAGUCUUCAGAGAGCGUUCCACCGCCAACGAGGUACAACACUCGCUCACCGCAUCGCUAGACGACGUCGAGGAGGCAAUUCAGCGUUUUUGGAAAAUUGAAGAAGUGCCUGAUGCCAGCCCACUAACCAGCGAGGAGCAAGAGUGCGAGGCUCAUUUUCUCGCAACUCACCGUCGGACUGAAGAUGGACGUUACAUCGUGAGGCUGCCGUUCAGAGAUAACGCCAACGAACUGAAUGAUUGCCGCUCUGUUGCUUUGAAAAGGUUCCAGAUGUUGCAACAGAGACUUCAGAAGAACCCAGAAUUGAAGCAGCAGUACAUCGAGUUUAUGCGAGAAUAUGAGCAGCUGGGACACUGCCGAGAGAUACGAGAGGAAAACGACGAUCCGAAGCAGCAAAACUACUAUUUGCCACACCACGCCGUACUUCGCCCUUCGAGUUCAACCACCAAAUGCCGAGUGGUAUUUGACGCUAGCGCAAAGGCAAACGCAGCAAGCCUUUCGCUCAACGAGGUCCUUCAAGUGGGUGCAACGGUACAGAAGGAACUGUAUGACGUUAUGCUACGAUUCUGUAAGUAUAAAAUUGCAUUCACCGCCGACGUUCCAAAGAUGUAUCGCCAGAUCAUCAUGGAUCCCCGAGACACGCAUUUUCUUCGAGUGUUUUGGUGCGAGCAACCAUCCGACCGCCUUCGUGUCCUGGAGCUUACCACGGUAACAUACGGGACAGCCUCCGCACCAUUCCAAGCAACCCGCUGUUUGCAACAACUAGCCGAAGACGAAUCAACAGACUAUCCUAUUGGAGCCCGUAUCGUGAAGGAGGAUUUCUACGUCGACGAUGCCCUUUCGGGCGCAGACUCGCUUCCAGCUGCUGUUGAAGCAGUGAAGCAGCUGAAGGGCAUCAUGCAGAAAGGAGGUUUUUCGCUACACAAGUGGUGUUCCAACUCAAACGAGUUACUGGAACACAUUCCGACAGCUGAACAGGAGCAGCCAGCCGCUUUGGAAGAUUAUGGACCGAAUGGAGUAAUAAAGGUACUUGGCCUACUGUGGGACCCGAAAGCCGACAUUUUCCAAAUUGCCAGGCCAGUUCAGCGCAGUUUGAAGCAACCCGCCACGAAAAGGAUCAUUUAUUCCGAGGUGGCAAGACUGUUCGAUCCAUUAGGUCUUGUGUCACCAGUCAUCGUUGUUGCCAAACUACUUGUGCAGCGGCUCUGGCAAUGCAAGAUUGGAUGGGAUGAUCCGGUGAACGACCAAACGCAGAAGUUCUGGGAGGACUUCGCAAAUUCCUUGUCAGCUCUUGAUACGAUCGCUAUUCCCAGACGAAUUACCUUCGACGAAGCCGUAGACUACGAACUACACGGAUUUGCCGAUGCAUCAUCAGUGGCGUAUGGUGCAUGUGUUUACGUACGUAGCCUUUUCUCCGACGGAUCAGCCAAAUUAAAACUGGUUACCAGCAAAUCCAAGGUGGCACCGCUACACGAGUUAUCGACACCCCGAAAGGAGUUGUGUGCCGCACUACUACUGACUCGACUAGUUGAGAAGGUAGUCCAUGUCCUACAGAUGGAGUUUCGUCACGUCGUUCUCUGGUCGGACAGCCAAAUAGUUCUGGCUUGGAUGAAACGACCUGCACAUCGACUCAAGGUUUUUGUACGCAAUCGUAUCGCCGAAAUCAACAGUAAAACAGCAGAAUAUCAAUGGUGCUACAUUCGAACCACGGAGAACCCAGCGGACAUCGUUUCCAGAGGACUACUUCGAACGACUUGUGCAAAAGCAGUCUUUGGUGGUACGGCCCGUCAUUCCUUUCGAGCGUUGAGUACGAAGCAGAGGACAUCGAAGACAUCCCCGAGAAUAUGCUUCCCGAAAUAA